ACCGGCUGAGAGGUUGAGCGCAGCCUCGUCGUCGGCCGUGAAAGUGUUAACGAUCUCCAUUCUCCUCCCCCCUCCCCACCCCCCACCGACCUCCCUUCCCACCCCUUUUCCUCCUCUCGUUUCAUCAUGACCAAAUGAACACUCGGGGAAUGAAAUUUAAAUUCCGCAAAGGAGAACGAGUCCUCUGUUUCGAGCCAGACCCGACAAAGGCCAAGGUUUUAUACGAUGCUAAGAUUGUUGAUGUAGAAGUCAGUAGAGAUGAAAAGGGCCGAAAGAUCCCAGAAUAUCUGAUUCAUUUUAAUGGUUGGAACAGAAGCUGGGAUAGAUGGGCAGCAGAAGAUCAUGUACUUCGUGACACAGAUGAAAAUCGCAGAUUACAGCGUAAAUUGGCCAAGAAAGCUGUGGCUCGCAUGAAAAACAAAGGGAAAAAGAAGCGUCGUUGCCGGCUACCUGGUGUUGACUCAGUGCUAAAAAGUCUCCCUGCAGAUGAAAAGGAAGAGAAUGAUGAAAACUCUUUAAGUGCUACUUCUAACGAUGAUGUCGAUGACGACGACGAUGAUGACAAUGAUAUAGAUGGCACAGAUGACGAAUCAUUAGAGUGUGAAGAUGACAGUGAACCAGAAGAAAUAAUAGAAAUGAAGGAUGAUCAAGAAACUUGUUCUAAAAAGGAGAUGGAAGAGAAAACCAUAAACAUAGAAAUUCCAGACAUUUUGAAAAAGAAACUUGAGGAUGAUUGCUAUUACAUCAACAAAAGAAAAAAGUUGGUGAAGCUUCCAUGUCAGACGAACAUUAUUAAUAUUUUGGAAUCCUAUGUGAAACAUUUUGCAAUUAAUGCAGCCUUUUCAGCCAAUGAAAGAUGUCGUCAUCAUCAAAGUAAUUCACAGAUUCCAAUGAAUCCUCAUUACAUUCCACCUGAGAAAAAUGUUGAACUUUGUAAAGAAAUGGUGGAUGGUUUAAGAAUCACAUUUGACUUUACAUUACCCAUGAUUUUGCUGUACCAGUAUGAACAUGCUCAGUUCAAGAAGGUCACUUCAUCUAAAUUCUUUGUUCCGAUUAAGGAAACAUUGUCAAAUGUUAGACCUCAAAAGGAACAUUCACCAAGUCCUCCUCCUCUUCUGAACCCGUCAACACCCCAAUCCACAGAUAGUCAGCCGUUGUCGGGAGACCCUGCAACCCCAAAACGACGAAAAAUUGAUCCUGAAUCUGUACAGUCAUUGAGGCGGUCAGCACGACAUGCAUCAGGGUGUGACAGGCUGUCUGAAAGCAGUGCUUCCCCUCAGUCAAAGCGCCGGUUUUAUGAAUCUGCCCAAAUGCCCAGACUGCUUUUACACUUGGAGAAAAAAACACCAGUCCACAGUGGCUCUUCCUCUCCUGUCACCCUCACACCUAGUAAAGAAGGGGUUGCACUGUUUGAUCGCAGAAGGAGUAAUGAACUGAAUGAGGUUUUAUCUUGGAAAAUGAUGCCAGAUAAUUAUCCACUGAUUGAACAGCCACCUGCACCUUCAUAUAUCUAUGGAGCUCACCACCUUUUACGACUGUUUGUGAAGCUACCAGAGUUGUUGGGAAAAAUGCAAAUUACUGACAGGAAUUUGAAGGUCUUGGUAAAGCACCUAGAGCUGUUCCUUAGGUUUUUGGCAGAGUACCAAGAGGACUUUUUUUCAGAAUCUGCUUAUGUAGCCGCAUCUGAAGCUUACUACUGUACCAAACGCCCUCAGGCCAUCUACUGAAGCAUUAGCAGAGCUGUGAACUCAUUUACAUGUACAUGGUGGUUAUUGUUCAAAGGAAUAUAAAUGAUCAUCUUCAGUUGAGAACAAAAGAGCACUUCAGUCCUCAUAAGAAAUGCUGCCUGCUGGAAAUCUGUUAAAUUGUGGAGAUGGACCACGAAUGUUGAACUUUACUGUUUCCACCUUCUUGAUGUUGUGCGCCUUUGUUCUGUGGUUGUGUCAAGUUGUUUAUGAAAGCAAUGACUGUGUGCAGCCAUAAAUGUCGGCAGACUAUGUUGCCUUCUGAAGGACAGACUGCAUUUAUUGAAGAGGACUCGCCUCUGUAUAAAUUACUUUUGAUGUCUGUCUUGAAAUAGUGAGAAACCUUGUUUUAAAGAUGUUCUGAGUUGUUUCAAGUUUAAGUAAAGGCUUGUAUAAUUUUUAGUUGUGCUUGUUUACCAUUUAAAAGUACAUUUUAUGUUGUAUCAUCAUAAUACUUUGUUUUAUUGAAGUUGGUUAUAUGCUUGUUUAAAAAAAGUUCAGUAGUUCAAUUUUUGUGGGUGUUAUUUCAUGCCGCCGACCAGCAUCUGUAAUCUUCUUGGUUUAAACUCCUGCAACUGUCAUAAAAGUUUUGCUUUACCCUUCAGAGCCACAGUUCAUUUUGUUUUUGGCAGGAGAGUGAGCCUAAUUUGCUUUUGUGUUACUGCAUAAUGAUUGAAAGCAUGAAGCUGUGGCAGAGUGAAAAGUGUUCUCCUCCAUCUACCAUCCUAUUCCAAAAAAGUGACUCUUCACCAUUGUAAACUGUCAUUUCAAACUACCAUUUGACAUUCAGCAGGAAAUCUGAUGGUUCACUAUAUUUAAUUGCUAAAACAUGAUUAUUUUCAUAUCAUGUUUUAGUUUAGAAAAUUUAUAGUAGUAUGAAUGAUUUAUCAGAGCUUUCAGGACCAAACUGAGCCAUUGUCUGUAGUCUCAAUGUAUCUAAUAUCACAUGAAAAAUACUGGUUGAAUUUUAGGCAAAAAAUUUAUGUUCAUUGUGUAAAAGACCUCUUGGUCAGCAUUUUAGUCUUGUUGAGGAGCUGGAAGAGAAACGUAAGAUAAUGAGGCAGAAUCAUCAUAGUUUUGCGGAAGAAAAAUUAUGCUUGACAAAUUUAUUGGAGUUCUUUGCAAAUAUAGCAAGUGGGUUGGAUAAAAUGGAUGUGCAUUUUAGUGUCCAAAAGAGCACUUGAUAAUCAAAAUAAAAGGCAACUGAACAAGAUAAAACUCUGCGUUGGGCAUGAUACAUAAGUACAGAUAGAGAUUUCGCUCUCAGGUCACAGAGAUCUGUGAUUUGAGGAUCAUUUUCAGCUUGGCAAAUACACAAUUGUCAUGUUACCAAGAUAGGUUCUGGGGAAAGUCAGCUGAAACAGAGAAGAUGUAUUUGAAUUGUAAUAAAUAGGUCUGCUAUCCCUGACUCUCAAAUCCGAAUAUAUCCUUAGAAGAUCUAUACUCAAGUUAGUCGUACAUGGCCGCAAGGAGAAGUUAAAUCUGGAUAAAGCGCAAUGCAGUGGCACAUUAAUAUUGGUUAAUUAGGAAUCCUUCUACCAAGAGAGCAUUUUACCAGAUCAGAUCUCAUCUAUCUUCAUUUGAGCUUUAUUCCUGUCGCUCCAGUCUCUCACCCUAUAAUUGAAAACUCAAGAUACUUUUAUAAAAAUAAAACUUAACAUGUUCAUAACCAGUAAAAUAUUAGGAAGCUAAGAGCUUUACCUGGUAGUAAGAGCAAUUUACAUGGCAACUUUAACAUAAUGAAAUGUCCAAGUAACAGAUAAUUUGUUAUGAGGCUACACAGAGAUAUUAGCUAGGAGAUCAAAUCUUCCCAAAAAAAGGGUGAGAUUUUAAGGAGGGUCUUUACCAUGAUGAACUCAAUGCUUGUGAUUUCAAAUAAAUCUCUUGGAAUAUAACCUGGUGUCGUGUGACUUCUAACUUUCGCCUAAGAUAAGCACAGGUGCAGGUUUUUAUGGAGAGAAAGCCGAGAUUUAUCUGGACGACUGUGCUCUCAGUUAAGGUAUUUAGCACAAUGCUGCAACCAUUCUGAAGAGCUAGACUAAAUUGUCAGUUGCCUGCCCCAACCAUGUAAUAGGCUUGCAAAUCAUGUCGUAAUGUAUUUCAAGAAACAAAAUUAUAUGAACUUUUUAUAUCUGAUCUUCUGUGUCAACUACAUUCAUUUCCUUUCACACCCUCCUUCUAUUUGUAUCAACAAUGGCUUCAUUCUUAAUGAUGUGACUUAAGCAUGAGCCCGGAAGUUAUGCCGUUACUGAUUAUUCUUUCCCCUACCCCCAUUAACUGGAUUUAAUUUUUGAAUAUGAAGGUUGACCUUUGAAAUUAAUGAGAAAAAUUAUAUUCCUGGAAACCAUUAUCAUUUUAUACUGUGUAAUUCAAAUGUUAAUGUUUUAUAUCAUUUUUGAACAGUAUAUAACUUUCAUAAUUAUGCCAAUUUCUUUCUCUUUGGAUUUAAUACCAAUGAGCUUGCAUGUGAAAUUGCCAUGUGAGAAAGUUAUGCGGUGGAACUUCACAGUGUGAAAACUGGGCUGAGUAGAACAGCAGUAGAAAAAUAGGAAAAAGGGGGAGAGGAAGAUAUUGAAAUUGUGAGAUAGAAGAGAAUGGGAAAGCUAAAGUUAAAACUAAGAUUAAUGACUAGCAAGUCGCCCGGACAUCUUUGCCUGCAUUCUGAGGUCCUAAGAUAAGUAGCUGGAAAGAUUUUGGAAACAUUGAUUGUAAUCUUCCAGAAUUCGUGAGAUUCUGGAAAGGUUCAGCAGAUUGGAAGACUAUUAAUGUAAUAAAACUAUUGAAAAAAGGAAGGUGACACACUGCAAGAAUCUAAUAGUCUCACAUCUCAUUUGGCAAGUGCUAGAUCCAUUAUCAAUGGGUAGUUGUAUGACAUUUCAAGUAACAUAAUAUAAUGAGGCGAGUUGAGAUAGGUUUGUGGAAGAAAAAUGCUUAACAAAUUUAUUGAAAUUCUUUGCAAAUGUGGCGAGUGGGAUGGAUAAAAUAGAUGUAAGUUUUUGUGUCUAAACGGCAUUUGAUAAUCUAUAAAAGGCUACUGUACAAGAUAAAACUCAGUAUUGGGCACGAUGCAUAAAUGUGGAUAGAGAUUUGGCUAACUGUCAGGGCAUAGAGAGUUCUGAUAUGAUGAUCGUAUUCAGUUUGGCAGUCUCACUAUUGUUAUGCUAUCAUGGGGGCAUGAAUAUUUAUUGAUAUUGACCAAUUACUAUGAAGAAGGGAUAAUGCUGACUUGGGAUUCAGCCACCAAUGCUCAGAGAAUUUUUUUGUGUCAGAUAUUUUCUAUGACAAAAAGAUCUCCAGUUCAUCCCUUCUGGAAUUCUAUUUAUCAACCAUUGAUAAUGAGUUGUUAUUAAGUUAAAUAGGAAAAGUGAGGAAUCAACAAUCAAGUUCUACCACAUAACCACUACAAUAUUGACCCUGGUAAUUUUCUCUUUAUUAUCCUUUCAAUAAUAAAGUUGCCUCUUCACACACAAACUAUGAGGAUGAAUGUAUUGGCUUGGAGUUUAUUCAAGUUUGAGUUCCAGCCCAUUUAACCAUCAAUUGACCAAACCAAUGUAAAAGAUCAAGGAAAUUCAAAUGCAAAUUAUAUUUAGCAUAAAAUGAAUUUCCAUAUGUUACUGAGUGACCUUAUGUGCUAGUUGAAAGUUAUCAUACUUGAAGUUGAUGUAAUCCAUAAAACUUUGCUCCAGAAUAUUAUUAAGAAUGACAUAACUUUGAGAAACAAGCAUGAAGUUAAUCAAGAGUAGGUUGGAAAUGAUUCCAGAAAAUGUUUUUCUGCACUGCACUUCUUUGAGUUCAAAUUUGCAUCUGCUGUAAUAGAGCUGCAAUUCUUCAACAGGAAAGCUUAAUUUAUAUUCACAAAACAAUUGCUAUUUUUGUCUGAUAGGUACACCAUGAAGUUAUGGUUUCAACUGUGUCUUGUGGAAUUAUAUGACAGUCCAUAUCACAUUACAGCCAAGCUUCAAAGCAUUGUUUCAACAGGGAUGUGGAAUUUCAGCUAACAUUGUAAAAUGAGAGAUGUAAUAUGGGAUUAGUGGUUUUCACUUGUGUAAAAUUACACUAUUCAAAUGCAAAUACUAUUUAAUUGAUUGACAAAAAAUAAUUCUAAGCAUGAACAUGAAAGUGGCACAGUGGCCAGGUGGCUAGCACUGCUGCCUCAGUCCCAGGGACACGGUUUAGAUUCCAGCCUCAGGCAAAUGUCUGUGUGGAGUUUGCACAUUCUCCCCAUGUCUGUGUUGGUUGCUCCCACAGUCCAGGUGUGGUCGAUUGGCAAUGUUAAAUAGAGCCUAGGGUGGGAAAUGCAAGGAUAAGGUAGAGGAUGGGUCUUGUUGGGAUGAUCUUCGGAGGAUUGGUGUGGAUUUGAUGGGCUGAAUGGCCUGCUUCCACACUGUAGGGAUUCUAUGGACAUUAGUGAAAAACUUUUUAAAACAUACAUUUAUUCUAAACUCAAACAUUUUAAGAAAAAGAUUGUGCUUAGAGUAUUGGAGUUUUGUAGGGCUUUUGAACCCAGGAUCAGAGCUGAGAAUUGCUUUAUGUUGGUUGCAGUUUUAUACCAAAGAUUGUAUCAAGAACAUACAAUGCAAGACUUCUUGUGGAAGUAAAAGGAAAAUCCUUUGUAAAUUCCUCAAAGUGAAUAGUUUCAAUUAACCAGAUCAAAACAAAUGUAUUAAAUGGUAUUGAGGAGAGCAGAACACGGGUUGCAUGUUUAAUAAACAAUGCAAUGUGAAGUGGCCCUAAAUAGUACUACAAAUUGAUGUGUACCUCUUACAAUUAAGAUGUGAAAUGGUUUACCGUGAUUUGUUUAAUUAAUUUUGUUGCCAGAGCAAUGGAUGUUCAGCCAUUCUGGACACACGAAAUCCCAUCUCAGACAACAGACUAUCUUGAAUCAGAGCACAGUUGGCAGAAAUCUAACAGAAGUCUGAUUGCAUGAUCUUGAUCUUCUAGUCUUGUUUGCAUAUCCCAUUAAACAAUUGCAAAUAAGUGACUAUUAUUCUUUCAUAAUAUUGUUUGGAAAGGAGAUAAAUAGUAAUGACAGGCUUAGAUCUGCACCGAAGCUCAGUAUUUGUAUUGUGUGAUAUUGUAGGAAGUGACUGUAUUUUGUAAUUUCUGUUUACAUAAUUGGUAUGUAGUCACAUAUGCAGAAAAGUGUAAAUAAACCUCUAAGGAAGGCAGGCGACAAUGCAUUCAGAAAAUUUGUUGUAUUUAACUCUUCACAUAACUGCAGCAUUACUAGUUGAAAGACACAUUUGAUUCUCGAGACAUUUAAGCCAGUAUGGUUUAAGACUAAAUGUAAUGACAGCCUGUAACCCAACUGAACUUUACACUGCAUUAUAGUAUUCUUGCCUGUGAGGAGCCAUUUUUUAAACAAACUUAUUCAAAAUCUGACCCCAUAAUCAAUUUUCUCUAACUUUGAACUAAAACUGGCCAAUGAAUGGAGCUCUACACAAGCUAAUUGUAUACACAAAGAUCAUCCUUGUCUCAAAAUGACUCAUGUCUAAUAGAGCAACUAAUAGUGGAUCCCUGGCUCCUAAUUGCACUAUGCAGGUGUGAGUUUGAGACUGGUAUUCACAAGUUGACAGCAGUCUAAAACAUUUUAUAACAGCAAGUAGGUCAAAUAGUGUUCUGUGCUGUAAUUUUUUUGUGUUUGGAGCAUUGAGACCCCUUAAGAUUCCAUGAUGUCAUUCCAAUAAAGUGAGGUCAUGGUACAACAAAUAAUACACUAAGCAUUUUGACAAUAUUAUCAAAUGUAUCAGUUGCAUUUUCUCCACUAUUUAAUUAAAAUGUUUACUUCAAA